GGAGACUCCACCCCUUCAGGUGACAUCACACCUCCCAGGGUCGCACGACCAGUGUGUAGAGAGCAGGAGGAGGAGGAGGGGUGUGAAGUAGAGAGGAUGCUGGAUUAGAGACGUGAAGGCCAGUGACUGGUAGAGGACACCGGCCUUACAUACAGGACUCUCACAGAUAAAGUCCUCUUUGUAAGAGGAUGGUCCUUUCCGGGAUUGCCCCACCAAGGAUGGAUAAAGACAGAAACCGCAUGGCUACAAGGAUAUUAGACCUCGCCCUGGAGAUCAUCUCCUUGAUAACUGGAGAGGAUUACACAGUAGUGAAGAAGUCGUCUGAUGAGUGUGUGACACCCAGUGCGUCAGGAGGACGGAGCAGGACCCAGAGCCUCAUCACCGAGCCUCCACCUCAUUCACUGAUACAUGAGCAGAAGAUCCUAGAACUUACCAACAGGAUCACUGACCUGCUGAGUGGAGAGGUUCCUGUAAGGUGUCAGGAUGUUGUUGUCUAUUUCUCUAUCGAGGAGUGGGAGUAUUUAGAAGAACACAAGGAUCUGUACAAAGACAUCAUGAUGGAGAAUCACCAGUCCCUUACAUCUCCUGAUGGAUCCAGUCAGAGAAAUCCACCAGAGAGCUGUCCUAGUCCUCUAUGUCCCCAGGACUGUCCAGAGGAGAAGCAGAAUGUCCCACUGGAUCAUCAGGACGUCAUUAUGGAGAAUAACCAGCCUCUCACAUCACUGGAUGGAUCCAUGCAGAAAAAUCCACCAGAGAGAUGUCCCAGUCCUCUAUAUUCCCAGGACUGUCCAGAGGAAAAGCCAAAUUUUGCACUGGAUUAUCAUGAGCUUAAGAUAGAGAAUCAUCAGACCCUCAUAUCACUAGAUGGAUCCAGUCAGAGAAAUCCACCAGAGAGAUGUCCUAGUCCUCUAUAUUCCCAGGACUGUCCAGAGGAGAAGCAGAAUGUCUUACUGUAUGAUCAGGAAAGUGAUGGAAGUGGAAGGACGAGUGGCCUGGAGAACCCCACAUCAGUGUCAGCGACUGGUGAAGACAGUCCAAGAGGGUCCCAUGAAUAUAUCACUUCAUCUCCCUGUUAUGAAGUAGAAGAUAAUCAAUCUAAUCUUCCCACACAUGAAAAAAUUCCCAGAGAUGAAAGGCCAUUUUCAUGCUCAGAAUGUGGAAACUCUUUUAGAAGUCACUCAGAUCUUGUGAGACACAAAAGAUUUCACACAGGAGAGAAGCCAUUUUCUUGUCCUGAAUGUGGGAAAUGUUAUACCCGGAAAUCAACUCUUGUAAAACAUCAGCUAACUCACACAGGAGAGAAGCCAUUUUCAUGUCCUCAAUGUGGAAGGUGUUAUACCCGGAAAUCUACUCUUGUGAAACAUCAGCUAACUCACACAGGAGAGAAGCCAUUUUCAUGUACUCAAUGCGGGAAAUGUUUUACCUAUAAAUCAGCUCUUGUUAAACAUCAGAGAAUUCACACCGGGGAGAAGCCAUUUUCAUGUCCUGAAUGUGGAAAAUGUUUUGCCUUUAAAUCAGCUCUUGCUAAACAUGAGAGAAUUCACACAGGGGAGAAGCCUUUUCCAUGUGCCAAAUGUGUGAAAAAUUUUAUGCACAAAUCAAAUCUUGAGAGACAACACAAAAGUCACACAGGGGAGAAGCAAUUUUCAUGUCCUGAAUGUGGGAAAUGUUUUACCCAGAAAUCAGCUCUUGUGGAACAUCAAAGAAGUCACACAGGGGAGAGAGCGUUUUCAUGUUCAGAGUUUGCGGAGUGCUUUACCUAUAAAAAUGUACACACAGAACAGUCGAGCGUUCACACAGAGGAGAAGCCAUAUUUUUGCUCAGAUUGUGGGAAAUGUUUUAGCCAGAUAAUACAUCUUGUAAGACAUCAGAGAAUUCACACAGAGGAGAAAACCUGUUAAUGUUCAGAUUGUAGGAAUGCGGUAGGUGUGGAGCUCCAUUGUAGGACCUGUUGCUUCAGGAUGUCUUCUGCUGUAAAACAAACUUCUUGCUACGAUACGGAAAACCAUUACUGCUUAACAGAGAUAUUAGAUAAGAUCUCAGUGAUGGUUAUUGUGUGUUAAAGGCCAGAAUCAUCAUGGAUGACUGUCCCUGGAACAGAAAACUCUAGUAAGUGGAGUUACAGAGGUUCAUGUUGGAACAAUGAGAAUGAUUUUCCACGGUAAACUGUUACCAGUAUUUAUAUCAGAAAUGUCAGUAUCCACAACUAUGUGACCCCUGUUAUCAAGUAGGUUUCGUAAGGAUUCGGAUAGGGCUACGCCACGACUUGUUUCGCUGCAGCCCAGAUCACAAUGUAGCGCUGACGAUUUGUAAGUAAUAAAAUUAAUUGGGUUUACAUUGUGACCUGCACGUUACUGCGAUCUGACAAUUGCAAAAAACCAACACUGCUGUAUGUUUUGCAAUUCUCUGGCUGUGGUUAUAACUUGUGGGGCGCAAAGCGAGCUCAUUCACUUCCAUUAUGUUGCGAGGCUGCUCCCUUUCAAGCAAUUUUUGUAUUUUUUUCUCCUUUAAUGUAGACAUAGCGGUAGGUUUUCUUGCAUGAACCAUUCACUUUAGAAUUUUCAGUUUCCAGAUCUAAACUUUUACAUCAGCAGUAAUAAGUCAGAGCAACAGGACUUGUAUUAUUAUUAUUUUAAAGACUUAGUCAUCCAACUGGCUUUUUCUCUUAGAAUAAGAAAGCAAUUCUAGCUGAGGAGGUCCGUCGGCUGACUAGCGAAAUGUCUUCAAGAAAAAAAGAAAUAUAAGCCCUGUUUCUGUGACAUUACUGAUAUACCAUGACCUGAUAUACCAUCAGCUGAUGCCUGAGAGAUCAUUCUGUUUUCUGUCUCCAGGAAAGCUGUGUGCAGGGUGCUUGCUGUCCUGACCAGAGUGUUUGUGACUUGUGUGGUCAGCCUGAUUGUUCAUCGAUGUCUGACAUGUCUUAUUAUGUUUAUUCUAUCUGUGAACGCCAUUCUCCGUGACUGUAUCCUGAUCAGCAUGGGUUCCAGUUUAUGCCUUGAUCCGGAUUCCAUUCUUGUGAUCUUGAUUCGUGUCUGUUUGGCACGCUUGGGUUACGGAUGUGUGAACAGGUCCCUACAGUUAUAUCUGCGGGUUCUUGGACUAGGUCCCUGCACUUAGCCGGCAUAGGGGCUGUUGUUUAGGACAGAUCGUCCAAGCAGGUAGGGAUAGUGGUCAGGUGAGACUAGGUCUGCACUGUUCCCUAUGUUCAGUUUGUUUUGUUCCGAUGUUUAAUAAAGCGCUUCAUUUGUCUACUCUAUGUCCGGAAGUCUUGUCUGUCAACGCUUGGGAUAUGUUCAGUGGUUCUCCUAACCCCUGAACAUGAAAUGUGACUUAAAUAAUCCAUUUCCAGGAGACAAAGUAAGACACGACUGCUGACUCUUAAAACCUAGAGAUAGGACAGCAGCCGGGAAGUGAGAAGUCAGGUCAGUCUCACAUAGAGCAGGGAGAACUCUGCCAAGCAGGAGGGAGAAGCCGGCAGACACAGAUCACUGUGCCAACUAGCACUACAGUACCCUCCCCCCUUAUACCGCCUCUUCUUUGGUCAAGACUGUAUAAAAAAAAUCUUCUAAGAAGGGCUAAAGCCUUGAUGUUCUCAGUGGGUUCCUAAGAACUCUCUUUAGGACCAAAUCCCUUCCAGUCCACCAAGUAGAAUGUUCUUCCAACCUUCUUAACACCAAGGAUACCUUUUACCUCAAGCUAAUCCUCUGGACCAACUGAAAAUCUGCAAAAGCGGUUGACGAGGUGGAAACAUGGAAGUAAUUGGGAAUACAUAGAAAAUACGGAAGGUGUAAUUUUUAGCAGACUAGGUUCAUCUAGUAUAAAACUUCAAAAGGACCCAGGAAGCAGAAUGCAAAGUUACAACUGGGUAUGUUAAGCCAGAUGUUUUUGGAGGACAACCAGACUUUGUCACGAGAGAAGAAGGGCAAUGGUGGUCUGCAUUUCCAGUGUGCAGAUCUCUUAAUGUAAACAGUGGCCUGGAUCAGGGAAGAUUUAGUCACUUGUCAGAUCUGGACGGAAUCUGUGAGGCUAGAUUCUGCAGCCGGUACCUCAGAGGAAACUGCGAUAGGAAGAAUUCAUGGCUGUAAUCCAUGCACCAUGAAGAAUGCUGACCUGUCAAUUGGCUCCCCGAAUCAUUGUUAGAUGAGAACUUGUCCCAGGAAAACAAAAAAAAAAAGACACCUAAUCAUUGUGACGAGAAGAAAUUAAAAGACGUUGGUAAUUCUCCAGUACCUGAUUAAUUUAUCCUACCAUCCCAUUGGACUGAGGGCAGUAUGCUGAAAAGAAGUCCAACCUGAAAUCCAGCAACCUACAAAGAGACUUCCAGAACUUGGACAUAAACUGAACUUCUCAAUUAAAAGCAAUGUGUUGAGGCAAAUCAUGCAGAUGGAAGAUGUGCUUGAUGAACAGAUUGCCAUGAUGAUUAGAGGAAGGCUGGAAUGAGUAACACAAUGAACCAUUUGAAACAACAAUCUACAACAACCCAGAUCACUGUAUAUCCAGAGGAUAGACAGGUUCUUAAUAAAGUCUAUAGUGAUAUGUUGUCACAGGGCAUCUGGAACAGGCAAAGAGAGAAGUAGUCCUGCAGGCUUAUGUCAAGAGAACUUGUUAUUUUGACCUGUGAUACAGGAGGCAACAUUAUGUCCCGCGAAAGUGUACACCACCAAUAGUGUCGAGCCAGAUUCAAGCAAGGAUGUGCACUUUCUUGGUCAUUUGGAAAAAUGUUUUAACUAAGGGAAUGUCCUUAACCAAGACAGGAGCUAUAAAGGUAAUUAGGGCUGGGUCAAUGAUGUGUCGAGGCUCCACCAUCUGACCUGUUGGGUCAAAGGACUGUGAUAGGGCAUC